CUGACUGUGCUGGACAUUCAGUCAGUGCCUCGAAUACAUAACAGUAACCUGCCAAAACUGAACCUGAACUAUUGCGUGGCAUAUUAAUCAGGCAGCACCUUCAUUUUAUUACUUAAGACAAAAUAAACAAAUUAUAUUAAUUAUUAAAAUAUUUUAUAUAUUCCACUAAGGUUACCGGAACUUACUUAUUUGUUCAUUUUUUUUUUUAAAGCAUAGCAAUCAUUAAUAUUAUCUACAGCAGCGGCGUCCAAACUACGGCCCGCGGGCCAUUUGCGGCCCGUUUCCUUUUUUGGAGCGGCCUGCGAGGUAUUUUAGAAACAGAAUUAAAGUUGGCCCGCUGUUAAGCAGGUUUUUAUAAUUUGAAAUUCAAAGUUUGAACGCUAGGUGUCAGAAACGAGCCAACGAGACGGAGAGAGUGCGCAUUUCUAGCGUAGAAAAACGGGCCAAAGAGUCUAAAAGCGGAGAGGGUGCUCAUUUCUAGCGCAGAAAAACACGGCAAAGAGUCUAAAAGCGGAGAGGGUGCGCAUUUCUAGCGCAGAAAAACAGGGCAAAGAGUCUAAAAGCGGAGAGGGUGCGCAUUUCUAGCGCAGAAAAACAGGGCAAAAGAGUCUAAAAGCGGAGAGGGUGCGCAUUUCUAGCGCAGAAAAACAGGGCAAAGAGUCUAAAAGCGGAGAGGGUGCGCAUUUCUAGCACAGAAAAACGGGCCAAAGAGUGUAAAAGUUGCCGUAAUAAGGAGUUUUAUAUUAAGAGACAUCAUAAAAUUAAACAUCAAUUUGGAAAAUCUUAGUUUACACAACACUGUCAAAGAUAAAGGUAGUAAGUCAAGUAAAAUGGUGUGUAAAUUAAAUAAUCAGGAAAAAAGUGUUAUUUAAAGUGGUAUAUUUCAUUAUUUGUGACUUUAAAUAUAUUUCUCCUUCCCCAACAAAAAAAGUUUGGACACCCCUGAUCUACAGUAACUGACUGUGAUAUAAAGCUAUACAGCUAACAAAUAAUCAAAGCAAUUACACUACCAGUCAAGGUGUUGCUGUUACUCUUUUAGCUAUGAUAAGGUACAAUUUUGCACAGUGAUAAAAAAAAGCAUACUAUAAAAGUAAACCACACAUAAAAUCCUUUAAUUUUCCCAUAAAUCGACAGUGUGCCUUAUAAUCAAGUACGCGUUAUGUAAAAGUUCUACCAUUCAGGUAUUAAGGAGCAGUAAAGCCACUCCACUGAAUGGCAGCGUUAUAAGCAUUAGCAUUAGCUGCUAACCGCAGUGCUAGCUCUUUAGCUUUUCAGAUGUGAGUAUAUUGCACUGUAGUCUUUGUGUUUUCCGUGUUAAAACAAGCUACAUGGGACGAACUGCUAGCUCAUAGUGCCCAGGUUUACCAGAACACUCAGGGUUCCUUAGUCUAGCGCUAUCAGGCGGCAUUUAAUACUGCAGUUAGUGGCUAAUGCUAAUGCUACUGCACCCAGCCUAAGUGCUGGAGAACCUUCACGGAAAACUCAUCCUUAGACAAAAUAAACAGUUUUCAGGAGAUAAAUCUGUGUAGAUUAACAUCCAGCUCGUUUUUUUUAAGAAUUAAAGUUUUGUUUACUUAAACAUGGCGACACCCUUGCUCACUUCAAUGUAGGCAUCCUUACUAGUGUCGCUUAUAAUCUGGUGCACCUUAUGCAUGAAAAUAAACCAGAAAAUAGAUGUUUAUUAAUGGUUCGCCUUAUAAUCCAGUGCGCCUUAUAGUCCGAAAAAUAUGGUAAUUAAGUCUUUUAAGUAUUGUCCACUGUUUUAUGCAUAUUUUUCCUGCUUUGAGCUCUUAUUGCCAGCUCGCUUGCUCUCUCUCACACAAACACACUCAGUGUUGACACUCGAAUCUCUGUCACAGGUUACGUAGUGCGACGCACACUCACCUAACACACACUCUGUGUAAAGAGAGGGAAGUGCCCUGCUGUGGUAUUUCUAGCCUGCACGCCUCCCUUAGCAAAUAUCACCCAGUCAGCCAGCCAGCCGGUUAGCUAUCGCAUUAGCAAGCCUCUGGAUUACAUUUAUCACUCUCUCUGGAACACCUGAGGAGCAUUAUCUCUGCAGCAUCAGCGUCCGGAUGAUACCUAGAGAAUGGUGUGAUACCAUGAACCAUGGAUGGAGGUGGACUGAUGUUAUUCUGUAGAAAUGUUUUAUUCAAGUUACCGCUAGUGAUAACAAAAUCAGGUACAAUUUUAGAUUUUUAAUCACAAUUUUUAAGCAUUUCCUGUGAAAAGUGUGGACUGUAGGCACUGUGACUGAAGGUAUGUUUUGUUAGUAUUUAAGUCUGGAUCAGUUGCUUUUUAUAUAAAAAAAAAUGUGUUAGUAUGUUAAUGUACAAAGUAACCCAAAGUAUAAUUCAUAAAAGAAUAAUAUUUUAAAUAAAUGCUAUGAUGUAUAGCAUUUUGAUAUAGCAUAUUUUCCACCUGAAAGUUAAUGUUUGCCUCCAGCUAAUAUGCUAGUCAUAACAUAGCAAUGUCAUAAAUGUAAUCAACUAUAAAUAUAAAACUACAAUCAUAUACAUACACAUUUUUCAUAAUAUAUCUGUAGAAAAAUACAUAAAUUACUUUAAAAAAUAGCUCCAGCAGUGCAUUAGUCCAGGAUUGUUCCCAGAUCUCCUGAAACAAACAUUAGCUAAUAUUAGCCAGAUAAAGCAAGCUUAACUUUGCAUUUUAAAAUCUUUAAAUGACAAGAAUUAUUUAGUAUAAAAAGAACAAAAAUAGCUAGCACACUACAGAAGUGCUUGAUUUAGCUCACUGGAAAUUGCACAGAGAUGGGCGACUCCUCUCUGUCUGGAGCUGCAGCGAUAUCUGCGUGGUUCUCUCAGUUCUCUGACGCCAUUAAAGACUCCUUUCAAAGUCUUGGGCCCAAAUCAGCCCCUAGCCCUGAACCAGACAAUGUUGAGGCCAGCGCUGAGGGCGCAUCUCACCUGGAUGCCUCGUCCAUGGAGCCCGAGGAGAGGCUAAAAGCCCUUAAGGAUCAGCUGGCACUGCGAGGCCUGGGCUGUGGAUCUGAGGCCGGUUCUUUGGAGCAUCUGACGCCCAUAAACGAAGAGGCAGAGCUGGAGCUGGAGAGUAAAAGUGGAGAUUCACCUUCGCACUGCGGCAGCACUGUGAACAGUUACGGAAAUGACGGAGAGGUGACCAGCUCCUCGGACAGUGAGGACGAGAUCAUGAAGCGCUUCGAAAUCUCCGUCUCUCGCUCACAAAGCUUCCGUUCCGGGGCUGCAGAAGUUGAGGCCCAGACUGCACCAAGCCGACAGCACAAGUUCCAGAGACUCCUGCCAGACCAGGAGGAGGCCAGCACUGAGCCUUCAGACUGUGAAGAAGCUGACCGAGUCAGCAGACAGAGCUUCCAGGAUCCUCUGUCCUGCCGAAGUCGGGAAGGUUCACAACAGAAGGAAAGAGACCCCCUGUCCAGGACGCUCGUCCAGCGUCAUUCACCUCCCACUGACCCUCUGACCGACCCUCUGUCCGUGAGAGGGGACACAGCCUCCAUGGGCUCGCAGGACACAGCGGACGGGUUGGACGCCUUUUACGGUGAGGAGAGGCAGAAGACUCCUCUGCCCAGUCUGGAGAUGGACAUGGCCCUGGAUAACCAAGGUUACGACAACGAGGCCACAGACAGCUCCUCUACUUGGAGCCCUGAGCAGGAACGCGCAGGAAGCAGAAGUGCUCUGUCCCGUCCGGCCAGUGCCUCGCCCCGCCUUCCCAUUUCUAAAUGUGGUGACCUAAUCAUCGUCCUCGAUUACCGGCCUGAGACCUUCAAACUCCUAGUUACAGUGGUAACAGCCCAGGGCAUUCCCGACAAGGCACGGAGCGGCAUGGAUUCCUGGCAGGUGCACGUGGCCCUGUUGCCAGGGAAAAGGCAGCGCUAUAAGACGGCGGUGCAAAGGGGCUCUGCACCUCGGUUUGGGGAGACGUUCCGGUUCUCGAGGCUGGAGCAGGCAGAACUCGGGUCUUCAGCUCUGCGCUUCCGCCUGUACGCUCUGGGCAAGAUGAACCGAGAGAGGAUGAUGGGAGAAACCAUCUACAGACUCAGCAAACUCAACACUGAAUCAGGACAGAUGGAGGCCACGCUGGUGCUCGAACCUCGGAGCAAUCUGAAGGCUAUAGACUCUCAGGUAUCUCUGAGUGCUCAGAGCGACAGUGCUUCCUCCAGUCAGUCUUUGUCUCAUGGUGGAGUUCCUGAGCUGCUGUUGGGUUUGGCCUACAAUGCCACCACUGGUCGCCUUUCUGUGGAGAUCAUUAAAGGGAGCCACUUUCGCAACCUAGCACUCAACCGGCCACCAGAUACGUACGGCAAGCUGACCCUGCUGAACUCCAUGGGUCAGGAGAUCUCUCGCUGCAAGACUUCGGUGCGGCGUGGGCAGCCCAACCCCGUCUUCAAGGAGACCUUCGUCUUCCAGGUGGCGCUCUUCCAGCUGUCUGACGUCACCCUCAUGGUGGCCGUCUACAACCGCCGCAACAUGAAGCGCAAGGAGAUGAUUGGCUGGCUGGCGCUGGGCCAGAACAGCAGUGGCGAGGAGGAGGCGCUGCACUGGCAGGACAUGAAGGAGAGCGGCAACCAGCAGGUCUGUCGCUGGCACACACUCCUGGAGGCCUAGUGACCUGAUCAAGCUAAACCAUUUUUGUGCUUUGGUGAAACUUUAAAGGAAACCUUAAGUCUUUUAGUAACAAUGGAAAUGUCUAUAGUAAAUAGUGCCACCUAGCGCCACCUAGAGCACUGGAGAACUGGAUACAAGACGACCAGAGUAAAUCCAUAGAGAUCAUAUUAGCUUGUAAGCUUGUGAAGCUGGCUUUGUUACACUGGAAGUGGGAUAAAGAGUCCUUUAAAGAGCUCUUGUAUAAAGGAGUUUUUCAUUCGGCCAUUCUGUCUGUUGCUUUUCUUUGCUGUUAAAGCAUUCAGAUGGUUAAAAACAUCUAAACCAGGGGUGUCCAAACUACAGCUAGGUAUUUUAGAAAUAGAAUGAAAGUUGGCCCGCUGUUAAGCAGCUUUUUAUAAUGUGAGAUUCAAAGUUUGAACGCUAGGUGUCAGAAACGGGCCAAAGAGUCUAAAAGCGGAGAGGGUGCGCAUUUCUAGCGCAGAAAAACGGGGCCAAAGAGUUUGAAAGCGGAGAGGGUGCACAUUUUUAGCGCAGAAAAUCGGGCCAAAUAGUGUAAAAGCGGAGAGGGUGCGCAUUUUUAGCGCAGAAAAUCGGGCCAAAGAGUCUAAAAGCUGAGAGGGUGCGCAUUUCUAGCGCAGAAAAACGGGGCAAAGAGUCUAAAAGCAGAGAGGGUGCGCAUUUCUAGCACAGAAAAAAAGGGGCAAAAGAGUCUAAAAGUGGAGAGAGUGCGCAUUUCUAGCGCAGGAAAUGGGGCCAAAGAGUCUAAAAGUGGAGAGGGUGCGCAUUUCUAGCGCAGAAAAACGGGGCAAAGAGUCUAUAAGCGGAGAGAGUGCGCUUUCUAGCGCAGAAAAAAAGAGUCAAAAGAGUCAAAAAAAAGGGUGCGCAUUUCUAGCGCAGAAAAACAGAGUCUAAAAGUAUUAUUUAAAUUGGUAUAUUUCAUUAUUUGUUUGAGUGUGGCCCGUAACUUCAAAUAUAUUUCUCCUUCUGGCCCCCAACAAAAAAAGUUUGGACACCCCUGAUCUAAACUUUUGAGGCAUAAGCGACAAUUGUGGCUUCAUGUUAAAUUGCCACUUUUUUCAUGUCGCUCAGUUCUAUGGAACAUCAUCUUCUCAAUGGCUCUGCAAAUAACAAAGACUUUGCUUUGGAUAAAACAUGCAUGAUCAAUCAGCAUGCAAAAGCAGAUGAGCAGACAUGACGUUGAAUAUGAUAUAUAUGUAUAAUAAAAUCUUCUCUUUUUUUUUUAUUCUACCAAUAUUUCUACCACCUACCACAAGCAUCCGAAUGCCAAGUUAGUUCCAGCCUUAAUUAGCCAUACCUAACCAUACCCAGUCAGUGUUUUCACAAUCUGAACAAACUGUAUUCCAAGUUUCUGAGCUCUAGGUUGUAUCAGGACUUGGCAGGAAGGUAUAUUCAAUAGGAGAGCCGGGCACCAAUGUUGUAAAGCAAUGGAUGCAUAUAGAAGAAAGGGACUGUGAUUGAUUUUACAGCUCCAGCUGUCCUUCACUUACAGCAGCUUUUAUUGCAUCCUCUUAUCUCGUCUCCAGGAUGUGACGUCACAGUGCAGAGCUGGUUCACCCAUUUAAAAUGGAGUGCUCUCCACUACCAAUCACUCAUUAUUGCUGGUUCAGCGGUGGCCGCCGCCUUGUGAUUGCAUGAAUGAAUGGAGGCCUAAUUGUCGACCUGUGAUUAGCUGACUCUUUCACCUCAGGCUCAGAGGCUCUACAGAGCCCAUGUCUAGCGGUUAUGGAGCUUUUUAAGGUGACCAUCACUGAGGUGGGGGAAAACUGGUUUGAUUUGACCACUAUUAGAGUCAUACAGUCACUCGUGCACUUUCAUCUGCAGACCUGAAACUGGUUUUGAGUUACACUCGUGCAUAUAGCACCUAUUAGAUGCCUCAUAAAAGAAAUGUGAUAACUGUUGACUGCAGUGUUUACAAUCACUUCAGUUGUAGCUUUAAUUCAUUUUAUAUAUUUUGUGAAAUAAGAAGACUACCUACAGAGUUGUGAAAAAGUAUUUUCUUCAGUUUUACACUUUCUUUAGUUUUUGAAUUCAACUGUAGUACAGUAAACAUUGGUGCUGUGGUUUAAUUCCCUUUCCAUUCUAAAUUUGUUUGUGAACUAAAGCUCAAGCGCAGUUGAAUUAUGCAGCAGGACAAUGAUCCAAAUCACACAAGUCCACCUCUGAAGUUUUUGAAUGGCUGUGUUCACAUUACAAGCCACAUUGCUCAAAUUAGAUUUGGUUAUCUUGAUAGGUCAUUUUCACAAAUGUAAGUAAGCUGUAUCUGUGUGAGUAAUGUGAACAAACAUGUCCUUGAAACUCCUCACAUGCGCACAAUGAUACGUGUAUAAACAUCAUCUUCUUCACCAACAAAAAAAAACCUCAUAUUUGAGAGACGAUUCGUAGCUUUAUAAAGGGAAAUGGAUGUGUUAGCAGCUCAUAUGUGGAGCAUGUUUUGCUGGAGUGGAGAGUAAACAGCUGGUCUGAAGUUCAUGUUCAGGUCGAGGAUGUGAAAAAAGGCCAGGCGGUUUGCUUUUGCUGUUUUUGCAGCUAUAGCUGCACAGCUGCACCGAGAGAUGUGUGUGUAAGAGAGAGAAGCACGUAGCGCUAAUGCUAAUGCGUAAAAGCAAAAAGACGCAUGAAUUCCGAUUUGACUGUUUACAUUCGCGUCGCAUGUCCAUGGAUCGGAUAUGUAUCCGAUUUAGGACCACAUAUGAAAGUAACUCAAAUCUGAUUUGAAAAAAAACAUGUUUUGGCAUGUUCACACAGCCAUGAAAAAAUAAGAUCUGAGCCACAUUAAGCAAAAAAAAAAUCGGAUUUGAGUCACUUCAGCCUGGUAAUGUGAACAUAGCCAAUCUCCAAACUUGAAUCACAUUGAGAGGAAGCAGGAAUAUAUUAAAUAGGCAGUUUGUCAUGGAAAACUGACCAAUGUUGCCAAAUCAAAGCAAUUUUGUAAAAAAGAGAGGACCAGAAAUCCUCUACAAAGGUGUAAAAGAGUUAUCAAUGUAACUCUAUUAAAGUUUGAUAUCAGUUUUUACUGGUAAAGAUGGCACAAGAAGUUUCUAGUUUUAGGGGCACAUUGAUUCACAUUGAUGAUUUAAGUUUUAAGUCUGCAUUAAAACAAAUGAUCAUUUAAUAGCUGUAUUGUGUAAUUAAAUGUGACAAACAAAAGAAACUGUAAUGGGACAAAUACUUUUUUACAACACUGUUCAGGUGCAUCUCGAAAAUAAUUAAAAAGUUGAUUUAUUUUAGUAAUUAGGUUACUCAUAUUAUUAUAUAUGAAAUAUCUGUGUCAAGUGUUUUAUUCAUUUAAUUUAUUUUAAUGUUAAUAAUUAAGCCAGUAUCUGAGAAAAUUGACAAGCUUAGAGAUGCAGAUUUCAUUUUUCAGCAGGACUUGGCACCUGCCCACACUGCCAAAUGUACCAACUGGUCUUAUGUAAUAUUCAAAUUUUCAAAAAAGAUACUGACUUCUGGGUUUUCAUUAUCUGUAAGCCAAAAUUAUUAACAUAUUAAUAAAUAAACACUUGAAAUACCACUCCGUGUGUAAUGAAUCUAUAAAAUAUAUACAUUUUAUUUGAGAUGCACCUAUUAUGUUACUCCUAAUGACUGUUUGUUUUACUCUUUUAUAACCUCUGCACAUCAAAAUACCCGAAGCUUUGCUGUUUUUUUCCAUAUCUCUCCUGGCUAAUGGGUUCAUAUUUUUCAUACUUGAGACACUGUACCCAUUUUUGUCAUAUUCUUAUGCAUGUCUGGAACUUUCUACAGAUUGUAGCAUAUGUAUAUUAAUUCACAUCAUCAAACAAUGUCCACAUGUCUGAAAAAAAUAUAUAUUUUGUACAGCAUGCUUGGAUUGUAUAUGCAUAUGAAGUGCCUGUUCAAUAUUUUAGAACUUAUGGUAUAUGAGUCGAAUUGUGUUUAUAAUAUAUACCAGCCAUACAACAGCCAUAACAUUAAAACCACUGCGAUAUAAAGGGAACUACAUUGAUUAACCUCUGCUUCCAAUGGGAUCUGUUAAUGGGUAACAGCUACAGUACAUUGUUAGACAGCAAGUGAACAGUCAGCAGUAAGUCCUACCUCACAACUUACAGGACUUAAUUAGAGCAGAGUCAAUUUUAGGCAGAUGGUUUUAAUGUUAUGGCUAAUCUAGGCUGUGUUAGGCCAGCAUGGAAUGUAUGGAAUUGUCCAGGAUUGUCCAACUGCAUGGAUCUUAACAUUUUACAGUUGACUCUACACUCAACACUGCCUGUAAUGCAGAUUGCAUGGUAAUAUGUCCUGUUCAAGUGGUUUUGUAGAUUAAAAAAAUAUCUAUUUUUGUCUAUCAA